AUGUGCCAAUACUACGCUCACGCCUUCACGUGCAAGCACCUCUCCUUCACGUUCGCCCGUUUCUGUCAACCCGCGAGCCUCAUCCAGAAACCCUGCGCCAAACGGCAGGUAUGGCAGACCAUUGGCCUCGACGACGCCUGUGAGGAGUGCUUGACUUGGUUCCCUGACCAGUACCCGUGCCGGAGACCGCGGUAUCAGUGA